GAAGCGAUAGAAACAUGAGAUGAAGGAAAUGGAUAGGCAAAUACAGGUCUUUCUGAGGAAGUUGUCAUGGGCUUGCAUCACCGUUGCUUCCUUCACCCUUCUUCUUCUCUUCCUCCAAACCCCUGAAACCUGUGUUCCUCCAGACACACCCUCCAAACCUCACCUCGGGUUCCCCAAAUCUUCCUGCGAUUUCUCCCCUCGUGUGUACGUUCCCAUCGACAAGAAGAACAAACGCCUCUGGUCCUCUGGAGAAUGGCUCAAGAAGGUCAAUUCCUACGUUAAAUUCUUUAAAUCCCUUCAAGACGUGGGUCUUCUCCAGAAGAAUUCCAGAGCCCUCUGUGUUUCCGCAGGAGCCGGACACGAGGUCAUGGCUCUCGCCAAUUUGGGCGUGCUCGACGUUACCGGAGUCGAGUUGAUCGAAUCACCGCCACUGGUGAGUCGGGCUGAUCCGCAUAACUUGCCCUUCUUUAACAAUUCAUUUGAUUUCGCUUUCAGUGCCCAUUUUGCCGAGGCAUUGUUUCCGUCACGAUUCGCGUCGGAGAUGGAAAGGACGGUUGAGGCCGGGGGAGUAUGUGUGCUCGUUGUUGAGGAAUGUGGGGAUGAUGAGGUGAAGGAGAUUGUGGGCUUGUUUAGGAAUUCUAGAUUGACUAGCUCAAAUAAUGUUACUCUGAUUGGAUUGAAAUGGACAAGUGUUAUCAUGAAAAAAAGAAAUUCUUAAUGAUCAUUGGUUAAAUUUUUUAUUUGUAAGUUCUGUAGAUUUCUCUGUUGGCUAUACAUCUGUAAAUUCGAAGAUGCUUCAAACUGAAUGAAGCGCUCCUACAUUAGCUAUUACUGCUGUUUCCAGCAGUUAAUAUGCACCAGAUUCAUGUAAACUUCACAUUUCAAAGUUGUGCUGAAAGAGAUUGUAUAUUGUUUGUAAUAUGGAAAAGGUUGUCUUAGAUCAGACAAAAAAGCUGCAGCAUGCCUCAGAUUUCAUUGCUGAUGCUAAGAAGCAUUUAACUCAGCAUUCAAAAUUUGGAUGAUGAAAUGCUGAAGCAGAAUGAGUUGGCACGUUCAAUCAAGGAUGAUAUAUGCCCUUUGACACAAUGUCACAUAUAGAUGUUCGUGAUUGUAAAUACAUUUAGAUAGCUAUGUUGAGUUGGAAGCAGGAUUAUGCAAAUUAUGGUUUGGUGUACCUCAUUAAUGGAAAAUCUGGUAAAGGUCCUGAAUUUUUGCAGGGCUGGGUCAACCAGGUACUGAUGUAUGGUUCUCGACACAAUAGUAUAGCAUAGCUUUCAAAAGGCAUUUCUUUCAUUGUCUUCCUAUAUUCCUAUUAUAUGUGACAGUAAUUUGGCAGCUCGGUUGUUGGUGAGAAAAUUGAGAUCGGUUGUGAUCUCUUGUGCUCACUCUUGAAACUACAGUUAGGAUUAAUAUAUAAACAAUUUUUUUUAACCAGAAUAUAUGUAGGCUACAUAGAGUUCAUGCA